UAUUUGCUAUGAAAAAUUGUUUAUAGGCGCGACUCGUACAGCAACAACAAAGUUAGGGAUUACAGAUUCUUUGGAUUCUUUAAUUCCUCUGAAUACUGGAGAUCAUUUAAUUCAAUUCAAGAAUUGACGUUGUCUAUCUUUUCAAAUGGCUUCUAUUGACAAGGUGAAGGUGAUUGUCGUCGGUGAUUCAGGUGUUGGUAAAUCAUCAUUAGUACAUCAAAUUUGCCAUGGACAGACUAUCAGCAAUCCCUCCUGGACGGUUGGGUGUUCUGUUGAGAUGAAGAUACAUGAGUAUCGAGAGGGGACGCCCAAUCAAAAGACUUAUUUUGUUGAACUCUGGGAUGUGGGAGGCAGUAGCAGUCACCGAAAUACCAGAUCUGUUUUCUAUAACCCAACUCAUGGUAUUAUUCUAGUCCAUGACCUUACCAAUCGUAAAUCAGAACAGAACCUCCAGAAAUGGCUUGCAGAGGUUCUUAAUCGAGAGGGAAAUUCAAAAUUCAAAAACCAUACUUUUGACGAUUUUGACCCAGAGCAAUUUGUUGGAUCAACCCAGAUUCCUAUCCUAGUAAUUGGAACUAAAGUAGAUCUCCUGGAGGCAUCUCGUGCCCAAGCUCAAAGGAGAUCAGCUACUAUAGCAGAAGAAUGUGGAGCUGAUGAAAUUGCUGUGGACAACACAGAAGUUCGCUCAUUGGCAGCUGGAAGCAGUUCAGCAGUCAAACUUAGCAGAUUUUUUGACAAGGUAAUUGAAAGACGUCAUCAUGGGCGUGACCGUAUUAGCCCUUAUGUUGAUAGGAAUAAUUUAAGUGGACGUAGGCAAAUGUCAUCACCUCUUAGUAAUCCAAUGAGCCCAUUGAGUACUUUGAGUCCUUUAAGUGCUUAUAGUUUUAAGUCAGCACACAAUGACUGAAAAGCUUUUCAGACUUUACUUUUUUACACAAUUGACUGUGAAAGUACAUUACUCUGAAUGUGUAUUUGUGAUACAAGUAUAAGGGACUGUUUGCGGUCCAACAUCAGAUAGCUUGGUUAAAAUUUUGAGAGUUAAUGCUGAUGCCAGCUGUGAUUCAUUGGAAACUAGGUGAAUGUGUUUCUGUGAUGUCAUCUCAAAUGUGUAAAUAACAUGAUUCUGAUUCUAGCAAUUAGUAUUUUAAUUUAUGUUAUUCUUUGGGGAAAUAUAUAAUUUACUAUCUAUUAUCAUGAGUUUAACAAAACAAAUAAAUUUGCUCACUCAAUA